UGCACGCGUGUGUGGCGUGUGUCUCCGUCCCUUUUGCCUUUGUGUGUAUAUCUAUCGCCGCGUCAGUUUGCCUCUGUGUGUGUGUCCUUCUGCGUUGUUACCUGUUUCAAUAUCUCUACGGUGGAUUAGCUGUGUCUCUCCGUGUUUAUGUGACUGACAAAGAUUGUUGGCUUUGUCUCUCUCUCUCUCUCUCGAGUUCCGCUCUUCCGUUUGAGUUGAAUGCCAUCUGCUGAGCGAAGAUGGUAGAUCGGGAUUUUGUAAUAAUUCAUAAUUAAUAUUUAAAGGAUUAACAAAAACUUUCUUUUACCUCACGGCUGCCAUUUGGACACUUUCUCUGAAAUAUUAAUAUUUAACUGCCACCUUUGUUUUUAUCGUGAGUACCAAAGAGCUUUUACAAUGGUUUAAAGUUGUCAAGAAACGGUUUGGAUUAUUUCUGAGGGAUUAGACCUGCGGCAGGAGCAGAUUCAAUUAGUGAUGAUUAAUUAGCAGUAGGCAGAGCAGACAGACCAGGUUCCACUCAGACUCGACCCCAGUGCUUACUGCGGAUCAAUUUGCAAGCGUCGAUGAUAUGAAUUUCCAACAAUCUGGAGAGGGAAGCACCUACUCACUGACGAUCUGACCAGAGUCCCUUUUACACGCAAACGGAGUCAACAGCCUUCCUUCCGGCCCCCUCAGUCAUGGCGGUUCUAAGAGUAAUGUUUACUAAAAGCAAAAGGAACAAACUGGCCCAGAUGUUAUGGAUCUUAAACUGGGUGUCGGUCGUGAUGGGUCUGGUUUUGAUCAUCUUGGGAGCUUUUCUGAAAAUGGAGAUCAGGAAACACAGUGAGGUAAUGUUCAGUCGAGGGGCAGAUUCUAUCCCGCACAUGCUGCUGGUUGUGGGAGCCAUUGCCUGCGGCAUCAACCUCCUUGGGAGCAAGAUCUGCCACGAUUGUUCGGACGGCCAGAGGUUCACCCGCUGGCGGUUGGCCAUGCUUCCUUAUGUCGUCUGCACCUUCUUUUUCACCUUCUGCAUCCUCGCUGGGGCGCUGAUGUGCUACACCAUGAAGGGCUCCCUGGAGAAAUCUCUCAACCUGGGCCUCAAGCGAGCUAUGAGUUUUUAUAAGGACACCGACACCCCGGGGCGGUGUUUCAUGAAGAAGACGAUUGAUGAGCUGCAGUUCAAGUUCCAUUGCUGUGGGAAUGAUGGGUUCAGAGACUGGUUUGAGGUCCAGUGGAUCAGCAUAUGCUACUUGAACUUGAAGUCCAAAGACGUUCAGGACCGUCUAAAGAGUAAUGUAGAUGGGAGGUACUUGCUGGAUGCAAUUCCUUUCAGUUGCUGCAACUACAACUCUCCUCGGCCUUGUAUCCAGCAUCAACUCACCAACACCUCGGCUCAUUACAACUAUGACUACCUGACUGAAGAACUCAACCACUGGAAAACAGGUUGCAGGCAGGCAUUGCUUGACCAUUACACCCAGAUCAUGCAGUCUGUAGGACUGACUGUACUCAUCAUAUGGCUCUUUGAGAUUUCAGUUCUCACUGGUGUCAGAUAUCUACAGACUGCAAUGGAAAACGUACUGCAGCAUGGUGACCCUGAGUGUGAGUCAGAGGGUUGGCUACUGGAGAACAACUUUGUGGAAAAAGCUAAAACAAAUCUGAACAUCAUUAAAACCAUGUGCAAGGUCAACCAGGUAUCUACUGUCUCUGGAAUGGAAGAUCCCAAUUAGGAUGUUAAAACAGCUGCCUAUGGACCUGACAACGUCCCUCUCAAAAUCCUCCCCACAACUAGGGACUAGCAACCUUCUCCAUGUAUCUUGUUUUCACAAUGGCCAUGAAUGUGUUUUAGGUUGGUGAAGGGGGUCAACAUUCCCGCAAAGUCAUGAUCAAAUUAUGGAUUACGUAACAGACUUUACCUAAGGUCAGUCCCACACCUGGGUCACAUACUUCAGUCGAUGUUGAACCUAUCUCAAAUAUUUUGGGUGUUUGUGUUACUUUCAACAGACAUGCUAUGGUAUUUGCUGACUGCAAAAUAGUCAAACCUGAUGUCCAUUCUUCUCCAAAAUUAUGUACAUUUAACUCUGGGUCAUUAAUAGCCCUUCUCGAGAGAUGUUAUUUUCUGUUUCAAUCUUUUGCCGUUUUUGUCUCUCUUCGCUCCAACAAUGACAAGGUAGUCAACUUCUAGUAAUGUUGGUUGAAGGGAGAACUCCCUUUUGCUUUAAAGUAAUGGGAUCCUUUGCGUUCACUUGAAAAGAGACAGUCUCAGGCUGAUGUUUUGUCACAUGACACCUCUGAUAGUACAGCAUGUCCGAAUCUUGAUUGAUACCCCUGAGUCAAAGUGAACUUGGAAUUGUUGCUGGAAAGUCUUGCAUUUAAACACUGCAUCUCUGCGCAAGCUGCUGCUGCCCAUAAUAUACAACCAUAAUCCAGCAAAUGUUAAUUACAACAGCAAGAACAUCAAGUUUGACAGCAGGAUCGAGACUCAAACAGAGCAGAGCUCAUAGCUAAAUAUUAUACUAAGACUAAUCACUAGUCAUUAGUCUCCCACUUAAGUAAAUAAAUAAAUAUUCUCAUUCUUACACUAAUGUAAUGAUGCAUAGUGAACUCUAAUCUUAAAUUCAUUUUAGACAGUUUCUUGUGUAAACAGGAGGAAUAAAUUUGCUUUAUCUUUCUGAUUACAGUGAAAUUUGAAUAAUCUAUAAUGAUGCAUAGAUUUAAAAACUACAUUAUGCAAAAUGCCGAUUUUUAGUUUAUUCACUUUGUGAAGUAUCAAUUUUCAGUCUUAAUACAAUAACUUUUAAAAAGGGGAACUUCUGGAAAGGUAGGCUACACUGGAAUCAGCCAGUUUCAUUUCUUUCUUCAGACUUUCAGGUGACUGAUACAAGUGAGUUGCUCACUAGGCCAUUUCACAGCUUGUGGAUAUGGAGUCACGUGUAGGGUAAAAAUGGCAAAUUUUUGUUCUCUAAAGGACCAUAGUGAACCAGAUGAGAUGUUAUGACAAUCACAAUGUCUUCAUGGUCAUCAUUAGACUAUUAAGUCCGGAUUUUGUUUUCUGAGUUGGACAAAACUAAAAGACUAGAUUUGGUCUGCAGCAAGUAGUGAAGAAAUCCACAAGUGGGCAAAAACAUACUUGACCUCGACCUCAGCCUCACCAAUCUACCUGUGUGGGAGUGAUAAUGGGAACUGCAGAUGCUGGAGAAUCCAAGAUAACAAAGUGUGGAGCUGGAUGAACACA